AUGCCAUCUGGAAAACUUGUCAGCAUCGCUGCUCUAGAUCUCCAAGGGACGAAGGGGCCGGUCCAAUGGCAACGCCAUCCUACGAAGGAUCAGAGAUUCUUUGACUAUGCCAACGAAAAGUUCGAUGCGAACAACCCGGAGAUUUUCAAGAAAUGGGCAUUACUGGACGUGGUGACAAACUAUGCCGAGAAACAUGACGAACCAGCCAAGCACCAUACGGUUUUGAACUCCCUCUGCCUCCGCGGCCAUGCGAUGGAAUUGACCAAACCGAUGGAGCCGGAAGUCUAUCAGCGCUACCGCAACCUGACCGCGAUGGUGGGGCCCAGUCUCCAUAACAUUCAAAGUAUGCAGCGCAUCGAGGGCUCGUGCGAUUACGACGCAGCUGCCAGAUACGUCAGGAAUCCUACGGACGUUGUGUCGAGACUGGUGCCUGUCAUCCAUCCAGAAAUAUGCAAAGACGACGAUUAUCGGCGUGACGAUGGCGUGGACUCUCCAGAGUGUGACCACAACAGGAACUUUACCGCGCCGGAUGACUUUCUCUAUGUGGACCUGACUUAUCCUCUGCGGGGCAUCUACCUUCCCCUCGAAGCGGCGAUGAAUGGCAACCCUUGCAUGUAUGCCCACUUCGAUUUCACUCAGGAAGACUAUGAAUUGGAGCAGUACACCUACAACCCCGAUUUGUCUCAGGGAGAAGUCGUCGAUCCCGAGCCCGGCAUUUCCCAGGAUGAAAAGGACCGACAGGUCAAAGACGCAAGGGAAAGGAAGGCUGCCGAUCCCCCGCUAGAACCCCGGAUUACCUCUUGGAGCAAAAGCCCCCAGGACAAAAAGCUGAACAGGGACGCCUAUGUGGGAUGGGGCGUCCUCCCCGGAUGGACGGCCCGGUUUAAGGUGGAAGCGCUGAAAGAGCUAGCGAAGAAGCCUAGCUCGGAGCAGGAUCCCAAAGAAUACAUCAAGCUAUUUGACAGCAAAGGGGUCCUCAUUCGAUGGGGUGGUAAAAUGGAUAUCCGAAUGGGAAGAGUGUAUAAUGACCCCGUCCACACCAUGAAUGACGAAGAAGUCGUGAGACUCCUCCCCGGCGUUGUGAAGCCUGUUAGUCCGGUUGCUACUCUACCUAUCGGUGUGGGCACUGCUGGGUCUGGCAAUUCGGACCCUGCGCCUGUCAAUCAGGGCACUGCGUCUGGCACACCGGAUACCGCUGAGACGGGUACACCGGAUGUCGCUGAGACUGGCACACCGGAUGUCGCAAUUCCGUCUAGAAAGAACAGGAUGAGUAACCGAAAGGGCAGGAGCAAAUACAGCUCUGCUGCUGACCAAUCCUGA